AUGGAAUCAUCCAUGUAUAACAAUUUGCGUAAACUGAUAAACAUCAUUGACGAGUUAAGAGAUAUAGGUUUGCAGAAAUAUAUAAACUUACCACGUAUAUGUGUAAUAGGUACACAGAGUAGUGGAAAAAGUAGUGUUUUAGAAUCAAUUGUAGGUUUGGAUUUCUUACCUAGGGGGGAAGGAAUAGUUACAAGGAGGCCUAUAGAAUUUCGAUUGAUACAUAUAAAAGAAAAUAAUGAGCCAGAGCAUUGGGCUAUAUUUGAAGACGAAAAGAAUAAAAAGUUUACGGAUUUUAAUGAAGUUAGAGAUCAUAUAAAUAAUUUAACUGAUGAAUUAGCAGGAACAAAUAAAGGUAUUGUAGAUGAACCGAUAGUAUUAAAUAUAUAUUCUACCGGUUGCCCGGAUUUAUCUUUAAUAGAUUUACCCGGAAUUACUAGAGUGCCACUAAAGAAUUCAGAUCAGACAGAUGAUAUAGAAAGGUUAACUAGAGAAAUGGCUUUUAGAUAUGUAAAAGAUCCAAGGACUAUAAUUUUGGCAGUGUUACCAGCAAAUGCUGAUAUGUCUACAAGUGAUGCUUUGCAAAUAGCCAGAAAAGUGGAUCCUAAGGGAUUAAGAACAAUCGGAGUAAUUACUAAAAUAGAUUUGAUGGAUAAAGGUGCAGAUGCAAGUAAGAUGUUGAUGAAUGAUGAAAUCACAUUACGAUUAGGUUAUACAGGUGUCGUAAAUAGAUCAAUAGCUGAUAUUAGGAGUGGGAAAAGUAUAACUCAAUCCUUAAAAGAUGAACAAGAAUUUUUUCAAAAACAUCCAAUAUAUAAAAAAUUAUCUCCAAAUCUGUAUGGUAUUAAUUCACUUACAGAUAAAUUAACAAAAGUGCUACUAAGACAUAUUAAAAAUUUUUUACCUGACGUCAAAAUAGAAAUUAAUGACAAAAUUAGAUCAAUAAAUGAUAAACUAUAUGAAUUAGGUACUAAUGUACCACUUGAUGCAACUAAAAAAACUCAACUUCUAUGGUCUAUGAUAACAGAUUAUUGUGAAAUUUUUAAAAAUACAUUGAAAGGAAAAUAUGAUAAAAGAUUACAAGUCUUUAUUGAAAACAACGAUAUCAUAUGUGGACUUAAAGUUAGAAGUAUAUUUAACGAAUUUUUAGAUGAAUAUGUAGGUAGAAAUGUAACAACUGAACUGAGCGACUACGAUAUUGAUGAUGCUAUUUGUCUACAUGAAGGAGAUAGCUUACCUGGCUUCCCAUCCCCAGAUACGUUUGAGUUUUUAAUAUUACCACAUUUAAAAAAAAUAUAUGCCCCUGUUUUUAAUUGUUUAGAUAAAGUUAGUCAAACGCUUGAUAUUUUAUCUCAAAAAAUAGCUAACCGUGUUCUCAUUAGAUUUCCAAAAUUAUCUGAGCAAGUAUUAGACUUAUCUCAAGCAAUUCUAAUGAGGGAAAAGGAAAAUACACACAACAUUUUAGAGAACUUUAUUGAAGCCGAAACAAACUAUUUAUUUACUAAUGAUUCGUCGUAUUUAAUUGAACAUGGUAGUAUUAUUAGUUCAAAUGAGGAAGAUCAGAAUGAUAAUGCUAGUGGUGCUGGAGGAGCAAACCAGGAUUAUAGCAGCAACCAACAGAGAUAUCAGAAUAAAAGACAACAAUCCAAUUUGUCCAAUUCAAAUCAAGAUAUUAAUAUUAUUAAUAGUAAUAACAAUAAUAAUAACAAUAUGCAGAGUAAAUACUAUUCAAAUAUUUUGAGUGACCAAGAAUAUAUUACAGGGAAAGCAACGAAAUAUAUUACCAAUGCACAGAAAUCAGUUAUGAGUAUGUGGAAUGGAAAGGAUAAAAAAAAAACUAGAUAUAAUGCUCAGUUUAUUCAAGAAAUUAGACGUAGGUUAGAUUGUUAUUUUAAUAUAGUCCUUAGAAAUGUUAGAGAUAGUGUACCUAAAAUUAUAGGUUAUUUUUUAAUAAGAAAAUUGCAAGAGAAAAUGCAAUUUGAAUUAUACUCAGAUUUAAAUAGUGAGCAAAAACUUUACGAGUUAUUAAAUGAACCCCCACAUGUAGUAAAAGAAAGAGAAAAUCUAAAUAAACAAUUAGAAAUUUUGAAAAAAGCAAACCAAGUUCUCUUAAAAGAUCCAAAUAUCACUUCAAUUAAUAUAGAUUUAUUUGAUGCAAAUUAUGAACAAGAUCUAAUUGAGUUUCAGAAGAGCUUAAAAAAUAGCAACAUACAAAGUACCCCUCAAAACUAUAAGCAGAAUGUGAGUUCCUCUCGAACCAACAUUCAAAAUGUGAGUAUGAAUGACAGCUCCGUCAUCAGCAAACGGAACCAAAUGCCAAUGCAAAACCGAAACAACUCCCCCAGUUCGGUAAACUCAAACAUCAUGAAACAAUCAAGUACCAUAAAUCAGAAAAUGGGAAAUUCUUCUUAUAUGCAACAAGGUCACAUGAACGAUUCAAAAGGAAAGCAUUUAUUUGAAAAGGAGCCCAUGAAGAAAAAAGUUCAGUACAACCCCUUGUUGGAUUAA